GACAGCUCCUUCAAGACAGCAUCACAGCUGUGAUACUGUAGGUAGGAGACCAGAAGGGGGAGAGGGAGAGGGAGACCGUAGGUCAGUGGAGACAGUUCAGUCUGCUGUCUUUAUUUGGAUGGAUUUAUGUUUAACAUCAAAACCAACCGGGACUUAAAAUGCGAUUUUAUCAUUUACCUGCGCGCAUGCAUGUGAGGUUGCGCUGCGGCUUUGGUCCGCUGUUUGCUUUUAAUUCUAUUUAGUCUGACGGAUAAUUGGAUGGGUGAAACCUUGCUCCCUGUAAACUGUCAUUGGAGGCUUGUGUCGAGGGGCUGCGCGCUGCAGAUUCACAUCCAGAUGAUCCUUGAUUACUCUGACUUUAUUGUCCCCUUUGCUGGGUCUCUGAUGGCAGACACGCUGUUCUGCACCGAGCUCAUCAGCUGAUUCCCCGCUCUGUUGCCAUCAACACAGCGUAAGUGAUCGAAAUCCUGCUGAAAUACGGAGGGACUAAGAUGUACAGGCUGCUCUAAAGGAGGCUCUGCAGCUGCUGUUACUGUCGGAAUGCAGGUGGUCUACAGGUGCCAAGCUUCUCCUGAGGUAGGAUCUUCUCUUUAGGCCUGCUCCUGCCGCCCAGUAGCCAUGGAUCCCCUCCCAGAGUAUCCUAUGUUCUUGGUCCGGAUCCUGGAGGAGCUGGACACCAAGCGUAACACCAUGUCUUACCAGGACCUGUGCAAGUCUCUGUGUGCUCGCUUUGACCUGGUGCACCUAGCCAAGCUCCGUAGCCUCCUCUUCUACACGGCCUGCCUGGAUCCUGCCUUCCCAGCCACACUCUUCAAGGACAAGAUGCGCUGCUCCAUGGAGGACCCGCAGUCAAAGAAACUCAUGGUGGCAGCAGACAUUGUCACCAUGUUCAACUUGAUCCAGAUGAAUGGAGGAACAGCCAAAGACAAGCUCCCUACAGUGCACAGAGCAAAGUUUCAUAAGAACCUGUCAAUGGAGCUGUGCAGAUCUGACAAUGAUGCCUAUAAGUACCAGGACUGCGACAGGGGGACUAGUUAUGAGCACAUGGAUCACCCCAGGGACGGACACCAUCACCACCAUCAUCACCACCACCAACCACAGCAGCACUCUGUGGCUCAGAGUAGCCCUCCCUGUCCUAAAUCAUCUGAGUGCAACAACUGCCAGCAUUUUAUUCCCACCUCAGACUCUAACUUCCUCCUGGGCGUCAGCAAAGACCUUAAAUGUAGAGCAGCCUCACUGGACAAACUGCACCAUCUGCCCCAGUACUCAAGCAGCAGUCCACCCUCCCCGCCUUGCGAAAUGCAGAGUACCUACUUUCCCAUGGAGAUAGACAGUGAGUCCACGACUGACCAAGAGUCCCUGCAGCACAUUGGCCAUCAGGAGCCCUUCUCCGUUCACUCCUGCAUCCAGAAGAGGAACAUUUUUAAGGAGGACUUCCACAACUUUGUGGCCUUCUCACCCAAGGUCCUUACCACUGACUGCAAACAGGGCGGUAAAGCUGCAGAUCGCUACCACAGGAGGGAGAUGCACAAGCCUGCCACCUUCUUCAACCACAGCUUUGAGCUGCCCUACAGUAACCCCUACUUUGAACCAACGCUCAACUCCCCACUUCAGGACAGACAAAGGGUGAAGCACGAGAGCUUGGAUGACUUGCAGGCAUCCACAUACUUCGGUCCCACCACAAUCUCUGAGUGUGUCAGCAGCAGGAAACACAGUAACAAAGCAGGGAAGCCGCCCGCAUGGCCGGUGAAGAGUCUCAGCCUCAACACAGAUGAGGGGCCUCCGGACUUUGAAAGGCCUUUUCUGAACACCAAGCCACUCAAUGAAAAUCAUCAUUGCAACAUCGGCAUCAUCAAGAGUGACAAUGAACAGCAUUUUCACAGCCCAAAGGAAAAGGUCGGAACUUCACCUGGCUUUGCAAAGAAAGGUAACGGAAUAAAGGCCAAGGAUGUAGCAAUGAUGGCAAGUGGACCUGCAGGUUUGGACAGAAGGGAGGCAGCCAAAAGGUUUAGGGAAAAAAAUAUGAACAGUGCCUCAUUUCAGGGAGGAGACAGCUCCUCUAGUGUUGGGACACAAACAGAGAAAGCUGAGCAGAAGAAAUUGAAGGAAUACCAGUCCAAGUACAGUGACAGAGAAAGACAUGCCUUCAAACACUCUGAUGAGGACUCUGAGAUCAUUAGUGAUGACAUAAGUGACAUUUUUCGUUUUUUGGAUGAUAUGAGUGUCUGUGACUCUCUUGGUAUCGUCCAGUCGUCGUGUUACAAUAGUAAUGGGUCUCUCUCUCAGGUAACACUGAAGUCUGAAGGCGACAGCUCCCCUGAACGCAACACGGUCAAACUAGCAAAGUCCAAACUGGACCGUCUUUUUCAUUCACUGGAAAACACAGACGAUGAGCUUAAAUCAAGUGUUUGUAAGCUGGUGAUGAGAAUCGGUGAGAUUGAGAAGAAGCUGGAGUCUCUGUCUGGGGUUCGUGGUGAAAUCUCCCAGGUACUUUCUAAACUUAACAAGCUGGAUGAGAAGAUCCAAGAGCCCGACACCAAUGGCAGACAAGGGGAGAUGACAUCAGCAUCCGGAUCCAGUGCCACCCCGGACAAGUCCCACCCCCACCUGCAUCCACAUUCUGACACCACCCUCUCACCUCGUGUUUUUCAGUGCCACACCACAGGUCACAAUGUCAAAAAGGACAAUGGCCACACAGGGGAGUUGUGUUUCUCUGAGGGUAGCAACAGUGAUAGUCUGAGAAUGAAGGCUAUGAAGAAGAGCAUGUUCACCAGAAGGUCGUCCCGCUCACUCAACGAGGACAAUGGUUGCAUUGAGUCAAAGGUUGCAAGCAUUACCAACUCUCCACGGGACUGGAGGACUGUGUCAUACUCCUGCCAUCCUGAUGAUGAGGGAAACGACAAGGACAGGGACAGAGACAGAGACAGAGACAGAGACAGCAAGGACAGACAUCGGAAGGCCAAAGAGGCAGAGCGAGAGCGUCAGUAUGAGCUUCCCCAGGCACAACGUCCCCCGAAACCACCAAAGGAGUCCUACCUGAUUGAGCAGGUUUUUUCACCCCACCCCUUCACUCCCUCCAUCAAGGCCCACGUCAAGGGCAGCCCCCUGUACACCGACCUAAGGCUCACUAGUCUGUCUGAUGGCAAGCGCGGCCAACCUUCCUGGACCAUCGAGGAGUAUAAGCGCAACUCAGGAGAGAAGGGAAAGCAGCUUACCGCUCUGGACCUACAGACCCAGGAGUCCCUGAACCCCAACAACCUGGAGUAUUGGAUGGAGGACAUCUACACACCAGGGUAUGACUCACUGCUAAAGAGGAAGGAAGCUGAAUUCAGGAGGGCUAAGGCGUGUAAGAUCGGGGCGCUGAUUGCAGCUGCUACUUGCACUGUGAUCCUGGUGAUUGUUGUUCCAAUUUGCACCAUGAAGUCAUGAGAGUGCCCAGAUGGUGAGGCCCACAACAAAUGAUACAAUUUUGCUGCUGCCCCUUUUUGUUCUGUGAACUGGGCAAAGCGUGCAGCACAUUUACAAACACUAUGAACAUGUUGGAAGCUGUCAGUUGGAGUUUUUUUUUUUUGUUGGUUUGUUUGUUUUACUGCAGUAUUUAAUUCUGGUGGUGAUUAGAUUAGCUAUUGUAUGAAUUCAGACAGAGCAUAAUAUAUCCUGUAUAUCUGUAUAACAGUCAUAGUUAAUUGUAGUUUGGGACAGUUGGAGGGUCAUUGAUUUAAUUGUCUGUCUUAAACACACUGCGGCAGAUGAUCACCAACUACACUGGAUUUGUUAUUUUAGCCAACUUAUGAUAACGUCUGCUAUCGUAUAUAUAUUUUUAUUUUUCGUAUAAUUACUGUACAGUGUAUUUUGAUCAAAGUUAUUUUUGAUGAAUUAUCUGGUUGAAUGUGAGAAUUUAUCUUUAUCAAUAACAGGAAGCACUUUGAGUAAUGAAAUUUGUCCUACACAUUUUCUAAUAGAAAUCUAUAAAUACAGAUCCUUUUAGUUGAAGUAGAGGUACACUUGUACAUAGAAUGUAGACACAGUAUGACUGUACAGCCAAACUGAAUGUAUCGAUAACGUUAGCCUACUCUCUUGGAAAGGAGUGACUCGAGAAUGAACUUGAAUGUUGCAGCCUUCUCGCCCUUCUCCUGAAAUGUAACCAGCCAGCAGCACAUCCAGCACCUGCUCCUCUGGAUGAAGCAGUGGCUUUAGUCAUUUCUUUGCAAGUGUUUGCUUAAAGAAUACUUGAAGUGCCGCACUGCUGUCCUAGCCAGCAAGGCCCACCUGGCAGAUUUUCACAGAUUUUGAGGCAGAUUUUCACACUAUUGAUUGGACCAGCUUCCUGCUCUGCUCAAACUGAACUGGAAAACGUCCCUCCCAGAGAUGUGUUUUAUUCUUCAUGACAGUCUCUGUGGAUGCAAUAAAUUACAAGUGCUUCAUUAGCCAAACUAGCCUACCCAUUUUCAUUUCCUGGCAACUCUUUGUUACAACUUCUUUAUAGAAUGGGUAUUUAUUCUCUACAGAGUAGGGGAUCUAUGGAGCAAUACUUGAGCACCAACACACAGAACAAACUGCAAAUUGUGAUUUAGCAGGUUUUGAUGUCAAGUCACGGUCUCCAUAACCCAAUCCACCAUGACGUAAACUUUAGUUUCACGUUCUGUAGAAUUCGUUAAUAUUUUAUGAUCUGCUUAACUACACGGAUGCAUGAAUGAAUAAUGCAGACAAAUGCGAAAAAACAAAACAAAAAAACAACAAAACAAAACAAAAAAAAACAAAAAAACAUCUCCGCUAACCACAGCCUACAGAACAAUCAUCAAGUACCAGGCUUCAGACAAAAGGUCACUGUGUGGACAUUAUGAGGCAGCAAGUAGUGAUUUCCCCGAGUUGCUUUUAGUCAUAUCAGACCCCUUUCAGCCUGUACACUGUGGCCAUGCGGUACUGAGGGCCUGCAGCUGGCACAUCAGCUGCCAUGCUUGCAGGCAUGUAAACGCUGUCCACUGUGUUCCACUUACACGGAUAUCUGUUGAGCAAAAAUAAUGCACAAAUAAAAAAGCACAAGUGUGCUUUUAAUCUUAUUGAAUAAUCUGGGAUAACUCAACUAAGGAAGAAGUGAUUGUUGUUUUAAAUUCUGACACAAUUAGCAUGGCUAUCAAUACUCAUGUUUGCCUGCUUAUUGCCUGAGCUUUAUUUUUGUCAUUGAUCAAGAGUUCAGUUUACUUUCCCUUUCUUAGUUGAUCUCUGUACUGUGUUUCUGGUUUAGAAACACACAAUGAGCGUAAGCAGAGACCCGGUGUUUUGUGUUUCUCUUUCUCUUACCGUUAACCAUCCACUGCAUUGGAUCUGUCAUCAGCACAGGAAAUGUGAGCUGCAGUACGCUGUAAGAGUCUGUAAAUAGUGUGAGGUGUGAGGCGCAUUGUGGGAGCAGGUGUUAACUGGAACAUUACUAUAAUAAAAACUUAUUGUUCUGACUGUU